CAAAUCAAAUCUUUUCCCAUGGCAAGUAAUCCUGUCUCUACUACCCAAGAUGGUAUUGCUGUUGCAAGAUCUAUAUCAGAUGGCCCACCAACUCAUUACAUGGUCAAGAUACAGUUAUUCUCAUUGCUUUUGAAAAACUCGGUAGAAAAAUAUGAAUCUGGGGAUUUUGAGGCCGGAAGCUACAAAUGGAGAUUGGUUCUCUACCCAAGUGGAAAUAAAAGUAGGAAUGUCAAGGACUACAUCUCUCUCUAUCUAGCAAUUGCUGAUACAGAUUCCCGCAAUGCUGCGGAGAAGGAAAGACGCUUCCGUGGAUUGAGAAAUCAAUGGGGCUUCGAUCAAUUCCUGCCACUCAGAACAUUCAAUGAUGUCGCCAGUGGAUACCCUGUGGAUGAUACAUGUGUUUUUGGAGCGGAGGUGUAUGUUACCAAGGAGAUGAGCACGGGAAAAGGAGAAUCCUUAUCGAUGAUAAAGGAUGCCAGCAGUUCCAAGCAUAUUUGGAGGAUUGAAAACUUUUCAAAGAUGGACUUAGAAUGCUAUGACUCACAAACAUUUUUCGCCGGGGAUAAUAAAUGGAAGAUACAGAUGUAUCCAAAGGGAAGGCAUCAUGGAUUGGGCAGUCAUAUUUCUCUAUAUUUGGCUUUGGCAGAUCCAAUAGCAGUCCCUAGUAGUUCUAAAAUAUUGGCAGAGUUCACUUUGCGAAUGGUGGAUCAAAUGCAGGGCAGGCACAUUUCAGGCAAAGUAAGUUACUGGCUCAGUGAGUCUAGUCCGGAGAAUGGAUGGGCAAAAUAUGUGACUUUUGGCUAUUUCAAUCUUCCAGGCAAUGGUUGUUUGGUGAAGGAUGUUUGCGUGGUGGAAGCAGAGGUGACUGUCCUUGGAAUUACUAACGCAAUAUGAUUAACUGGAGUUGCAUGUGAGAAAUUAAUGUGCUAAUUUAUA